CUUCCUUCCUCUUCCUUUUCUUUUUCCAACCUUCUUUUUUUAAUUUAUACCGCUCAUGGUACGCGCUAAAAAACAAUCCACUCCUGAGGUGGAAAGACUUGUAUCCAAGUUUUUCAAAGAAGACACUGCAAAUCCUUGCAAGGCAAAGCAAUCCUCUGUCGCCUGGCGCAAUGCCAAUGUUCCCGAAUGCAUUCAAAUAAGACCCAUCCUGGAAAAACUGCGUAACUUGAAGCCAAUUGUUGAAGACUCUGCAGAAAAUGAGGGCGACUUUUGGAAGCUCUCCAGUAUGGAAACUGAAGAGAUCGAGACGAUACGUAAAGACAAUGUGUUUGGCGAAGAAGUGACAGAAGCGGAUAUGGAUAUUAUUCAAAAGCGAGUGGCGCUUCAACAACGACAAUUCAAGGAAUUUGAGCGCAGAGACAAAGCUCGCAAGUACAAAAAGAUCAAGGCCAUGUUCGAUUACCUCACUGCUGAAGAGAUCGAUGAAAUGCUGAUCGAUUGUGAAAACGAUGAGGAUGAAGUGAUUGUGCGUAUGACGCAAAUCGGAUAUGUACUGGGUAUCCGCAAAGUCAUUGCUACGAAACAUGCCCCUGAAGUGGAAACAAAACAACAAUUUAUGACGGAAGAGCAGCAGACAGCCUAUCAACAGCUCUUGAAAAAACGUUCCGAGACGCUAAAGAAGACGACGAAUGAUACAGCCAAAAAGCAAUAUCGCAUGGGUGGACGACUCGCUUUGGAUGACGCGCUCAAGCAGGUCCAAGAAAAUCAAAUUGAUCCCGAAAAAGCGUUCGAAGGAUGGUCCCAGGCUCGAAUUCGCGCGUACCAAAUGAUCGAUCAGAAUCCCAACAGCUACUAUUACCGAUUCAACGCACCUGGUGAAAUUCAGCGAAAGGGCCAGUGGGAUGAAGAUGAGAGAAAGGUGUUCUUUGCACGAUUGGAAGAAGUUGGUGCAAAUGGACAAUGGGGUAUCUUUGCAAUGAAGGUUCCUGGUCGAGUAGGCUAUCAGUGUUCCAACUUUUAUCGUCUUCUAGUUGAAACUGGAGAAAUCAAUGAUCCAAACUACGUUCUCGAUGAAAAGGGCAAGGCACACUAUCUCUUUGACAAAAAAACAGCAAAUGGCCAAGUGGAGAAAACUUUCCGUACACACAGUAAACACGGCACAGGACGAGCAUCGGGGGUCCCAUCCUCAUCGCGGUCUGCAGGAACACGUACUAAAUCCACUCGAGCCUCGCCAAGCGCCGACAGAAAGACAAAGCGAAAGAAAAGAAAGACUCGCGGCUGGGACAGCGAUGAUGACGCAUCGGAUGACUUUGAAGACUACAAUGAUAACUCUGGCACCUAUACAAUGAGCACACGAACACGAUCCGGCCGGCGCACUCGAUCGCGAUUAAUGGAAGAGGAUAAUGAUACUAACCAAGACGAAGAGUCCGGAGAUGCUGAUAGCAAUGAAGACAGCAAUGUGGAUAAUCCGCUUCCUGGAUUUAUCGACCCCAUUACGCUGGAUGACGUGGUGAAACCGGCAAUAUCCAAGUAUGGCCAUGUCAUGGGAUAUGAUAGCUGGGUCCGUUGUCUUACGAAUUGGGAGGGCAAAAAGAACAUUUGUCCUUUAACAAAGAAGCCGAUGACAAAGCGCGAUUUGGUGGUACUGACACUGGAGAACAUCGAUGAGUACAGGGAUCAAAUUAUCAACAUGUAGAUUUUAUUUAUAAGCCAUCGUCGUCUUUGAUUCCCAUACAUCAUUUGCUUAUCCGCACAUCGCAUUGAAACCCUCAUUAAUAUUUCACCUUUGCUUGAUAAUGAAACUGCUGAAUGGAUCUUCAUCUUUUUUUAAUAUAUAUUUCCAGCUUCCUUUUUCUAUUAAAUUAGCCUUGUAUUCAAGCAAAG